AUGGCUGACACUCGUGAACUCCCAGUUUUCGCCUACAUUGAAGAACCAAAACAAUUGCAAGAAAUUCGUGAAUAUUUGAACAAAAACGAAGCUGUUAAAUUGAACCCAAAUGGACCAGAAGACAUCGCAGCAAAUCUCAUCGAAAUUUGCGGAACUCUUCAUUUAUUGCCAAAAUGGGCACAAGAUGUUGAUGUGAUUUUGAACUCGAUUUGCUCGUUGAUUGUUAUUGUUCCAGCUGAGAAAAGUGAAGCUGUUGUGACUGCGUUUAUUAAAGCUGUUUCACCGGAACAUUAUAAAGGAGUUGGAUGGGGAAGUCAUGUACGUUUUUUUAAUCGAAAAUUUGAAUCAGUUGCUUGAAAAACAAAAUGCCACCAAGCCAAAAUUAAAAAAUGUUCUUUCAACAAUCAUCCAAUUUCCAUUUUUUAGGCUGGCCACGCCGUCCGCGUUCUCUCCAAUUUGUUCCGCGGCUAUUCAAACUUGAAAAAUAUCCAAGAAAUGACAUUUCGUGCUCUCAUCGGAAUGUGCUCCGAAGCGAAAUUGAUUGGCGAACUCGCGUGCGAUUUGGAAACUUUGAAUGAACAAUUCACCAAUUGGGGAACACCGAUUGAAGGACAACGCGAAAUUUUGAGAAGUGUUCAUCGCGCUUUUAUUGCCGAUUCGAAAGCGGACAGAGCUGCUAAUGUGAGUUCAUUUAAUUUAUGGCCUUGACUAUUAUAUUUUUCUGUAAUUUUGGAAACAAUUCCAGGAUCUUUUAAUAUAAAGAAAAUCGAUUUUAUUGUAGAUCAUGACAGUUCUUCUUGGCACAUACACCGAAACCGAUGCAGCAAAAGCUCGCGAAGAUGCUCUUGAAUGUGUUCGAUCUGCAGUUGUUGAUCCAAAAUCCUUCUCUUUCGAUCAUCUGGAACGACUCAGUGCUGUAAAAGCGCUCAAAAAAUCGGAUCCUCUUAUGUUCUCAGCUUUGGAACUUUUCGUGUCUGGAACAUUGAAGGAUUAUCAAGAGUUUGUUAAGAAGAACCCGAAAUUCGUCGCAGAACAUUUGCGAGUUGAUGAAGCGAUUCUUUUGAAGAAAAUUCGACUUCUCACUUUGAUGUCAUUGGCGGAAGAGAAAAAUGUGAGUUACUCGACAAUUCAAAUUUCAGAACAUUAUCAGUGUUAGAUUCAUAAAGAAUUUUAAGGGAUCUCGAAAGUUCAUGAAAAUAUAGAAUUAUAAUUUUUACUGGUUUUUCCAUAUGACUUUCUCAAUCGGACAAUACUUCUUUUCAGGAAAUCAAGUUAGACGAACUCGCCACUCAACUCGAUAUUCCAGCCGAUGAAACAUUGGAAGAAUUCGUGAUCGAUGCUAUUCAAGUUAACGCAAUUUCCGGAAAAAUCAAUGAAAUGACACGAACUUUGGUUGUCAACUCGUAUCAACAUCGAAGAUUUGGACAAGAUCAAUGGGUUGUUUUGCAGGUAAGAAAUAAGCUGAAAAUUUUGGAAGUUGAGAGAUAGUUGUUCCAAAUUUUAUAAAAAUUGGCAAAUUUGCCACGUUUUAACCUUUUGAUAACUCAUCCCUUUAAUAGUUCAUUCAAAAUUCAAGCUACAAAAAUAAAAAAAAUAACACUAAUAAUAUGAAAAUUCCAGAAGCGCCUUGUUACUUUGAUCACAAACUUGAAACAAACACACAACAAUGUGAAUGGAGUUAAUCGACAAAUUGAAGAAUUAUCUGCCUAG